GUCCAGACUUCCCAUGAUGCCAGUGGCGUGACCCACUUCCGGUGAAAACAGUCGGCACCGCCUCUAAACACGAGAACGUACAGUUAGCUGAUCAACUUUCAAGUCCAAGUAGCAGACAGAAGUAGAAGAUGGCAAUGGUGCUCAUUCCAGCUACAGUGCCCCUUACCACUGUCCCAGCCUACCACAACAUGACAGUAGCCCCAACAGGAAUGGUGACUAACUACACCAACACAACAUCCAUCCCACCACUGGUGGAGCCAGCCAAAUGCUUCACACCUCUCAUCAUGGAGCUCAACAACACAGGGGUCCGUGUGUGGGAUGUUGUCCUCCUGGUACCCAACCUGCUCUUCCUCCUCUUCCUCAUUGUCAGUUUCCCCAAGGCCAAGGUCAAACUCAAGAACACCAACAGCCCCAUCUUCCGAGCCUUCUACAUCCUGGUUGUGAUAGUGGCAGUGAUCAGUGUGUGCCGCUGUGUGGUGUCCAUGACAGUCAACGCAACAGCAAGCCUAGGGAUUAUUACUGACAAGGUCCUGUGGAUUGUGCUGAGAUUUUUCCUGCUGGGGACAGAGAUGAGUGUGGUUGUGUUUGGUCUGAUGUUUGGUCACCUAGAUAGCAGAUCCAGUAUCAAGAGAGUCAUGCUAGUCACAAGCUUUUUGGCUCUUGUGUAUUCAGUCACACAGGGAGUUUUGGAGUUUAUCAUCCAUGACUCCAAGUUCGACCUCCAGGAUGAAAACUACAGCCUGUUUGGACAUGGAGGGAUGGUCUUCUGGUUCACAAGUUCAUGUCUCUUCUCACUGGUUUAUGUUGGGAUUUGUCUCUUGCCAUUCACACCUUUGAAAGAAAGAUUUCAGUUACCAGCCAAGAAGUCAUUUUACCUGUACUGUGUGGCGCUGGCUGUCCUAAAUGUUACCCAGGCAACUGGCAGUAUGCUGCUGUAUUGUGACAUCUGGGAUGGCCUCUGUGUUGUUGAUGCCACCACUCUUGCCUAUUUCACCUGUUUUGCACCACUGGUGUACUGGACAUUCCUUAGCGAGUUCUUUGGAGACUCCCGUCCCACGUCCCUGAACUUCUCCUACAAGGCACAGGAGGAUGAGCAGGACGACGUCCACCUGCCCCAGUCCUACUCCAACCUCAAACUCCCCGACCCCGCCGCCAUAAACUACUCGUACGACGACACGCAGAUCGACACCUCGGGAUCGCCUGAUGUCGUUGUGACCAAGACCAACACGGGCAGUCUGGAGAGAUGGCAGUACAUCAGCAGCUAGUGCUGUGUACCAGUUCGCUGGACCAGUUUCGGACCUGUAAAAAUGUUAAGGUUCAAGUCCAAGAAAACCUACAGGUCAAGAACCGAUUCGGGAAAAACCAUUGUCACAUACUCAUUUUCUUUCCAAACCACCUAAAACCACUUUGGAGACAAAAGAUUGCAAAGUCUGUGCUGCAAAAUGACGAAAACAUUGCCAUUGGGC